AGGUCCCGAAAGACAACUCCCACGAGACAUCAUCAGUCAAUUCUCCACACCAGCGUUCUCGCACUGGGGAAAGCAUUUCUUAAGUGGACUACAUUCAACAUAUAAGGCGGCGAAGUUUCCCUUGAACUAACCUGACAGGAAACAGGUCUGGAGAGAGCCUGACAAACCUCCAGGGGAAGAGGAUUUGUCAGUCUACUGCCCAUCUCAGGACAACAUGUCACGGACUAAACUGGGAGCUAGGAGCCCUUUACUGGAGGCAGCUGUGGGGUUUGCACUGGGCGCAGUGGGAGGCUGCAUACUGGGAGCCACAGAGGACCCAGUGGAGAAGACCCUAUUAGUGAUGACUGCAGCCGGUCCACUGAAACCAGUGGUGGAUGAAGUCAGGACAGUGGGUGCUCUGGGGCUGGGGACCCUUAUUGGAGCCACAGCACUGACCACGGCCAUGACUUCAGUAGUAGCUGGUGUGAUUCUGGCAGCAGCUGUAGCUUCAGUGCAUGCUGGUACCUCCCACACAGACUCUGUUAGCUUCUGGGCAUCAACAGGACUCGCCGGGGCCUUCGUGACCACUCUCAGUGGAGCCACGCUCGGGGUCUCUAUCGAAUGGAUUGUGAAGAAUUAUGGGAUGGUGGGCCUUCUGUGGGCACUGAGCAUGUUCACUGUGCUCAAACCACCCCUGCACUUUGUAUUUAAGCUCAUGUGGAAGCAGGGAGAGGCCUGUUGCACUCUGGGAUCUAAAGACUGGGACAGUCAGAGGAAACACACAGAGAUUACAGAGUUGCAGCACAGGCAGAGAGUGGCUCUGCACAUAGAGCAGAGAAUCCUGACACUGGAGAAGGGCGGCAGCGCUAGCGGGAUGGAGAGCAUGACCACAUGGGUCACUGAGCAAAGGCAGAGAGAGGAGAUAGAGAGCAGGAAAAUGGAGAAUGAAGAGGCAGAGAUGACGCAAAGAACUAUGCAAGACUGGAUCAACACAGUGGUGGUUAAAUAUGUGGACUUUCUGGCUUUCUCAGGGAUACCAAUGACAGUGGUUGCCAUAGUAACAUCAGGGUUUGGGGUGUUUGGUUACGGAGGCCAUCAGUCUGUGUUGAUAGUUCUUCUGGCUUUGGUUGCAGUGAUAGCCUAUUUGCUCCUGCAAUCUUCAGACUUUAAGUUCUGGAUGUUGAUAGGAUGCAUGGGAAUGCUGGCAACUUUCGUCAUCGCCAUGCUAACCCUACACGCGGGUCAGGUGGUCCUAACAACUGCCAUGAAGAUGCGAGCAGCAGGGCAGAGUCAGUCCAGAGAAAACAUCAGUGCUCGAAUUAACCACCAAUCCUCUCUGGAAGCUUUGAAAGCAGCUUUUUUUGCGGCAAAAUUAUGCGAGUUGGGUUUGGGGGCUGCAGUGGGGGGACCGCUGGUGAGGCGAGGAGCUGGAGAAGUGAAAGUCAUAGUGGGGGCAGCUUUGGUUGCGGGAGGUUUACUGGCCGGGGUGGAGUUUUUAGCCCCAGUGCUAGGAGAUGGGGGGACAGCGGGGGCGUUGCUGGGGGUGGUGGGGGCAGCAGGGGUGUCUGUGGGUGCAGCGGCAGCUAUGGCUGGAAGGUGGUCCUCAUGGCCAGGGACUUUGGGAACAGUAGCAGGGUUGGUUAUUGGAGCAUUAGUGAUGGGAAAAUGGCAUAUUGUCAACAUCGGCCUGCAAGUGCCUGUGGCCUAUGUCUUUGCUAUGACCAAUUCAUUUUAACACAACACAUAUUAAGAUCUUAUCGGCCUGUGAAAAAUGUUGUCAAUGCAGUAUGAGUUGCUCAUGUGUCAUUUGUACUUGUUGCCUGUGUGACAAAGAGCUCCAUUGUUGUCUCUAAAACAAUCAGUGAGCCACAUUGUUGUACAUGUUCCUUCACUCGUUUAUUUGAACUCAAUCUCACAUACCUGCUGCACAAAUACUCACUAAAGCACCAAAUGUGGAUUAAACAGAAAAUAAUGACCAAUAAACCGUUUCUUCCUUUUUGAGUAACAUUACAAACCUCAGUGACCAGCUGCUUAAGGAAACGACUGAACAUUAUUUUCAUAAUGAAACGUUUACAGAUUUACAUAUGUAGUGGCAACCAAUAAACUUGAGGCUGAGAGCCAUCGAAGUUGGAAUGCAUUGAGAGACACAUAAACACAUUAUAGGU